GUAAAUUAUCCUUCACAUUCUAUUUCAGCUGCUCCAAUGGCUUCAACAGAAGGCCAUCAAGAAUAUGAAGAAGAGAAGCAAAUUCAGUCCCUUCCCAAAGAGAGAGGUUGGGCAUCACGCUAUCUCUAUCUAUUUCAAGGUUUUUGGUGUCCAUCAACUCAUAUUCAAGGUGUAAACAGUUUUCAAAACCACUUUCAGGCAAAACACAAUGAUGUUAUUGUUGCUAGCUUUCCAAAAUCUGGCACUACUUGGUUGAAAGCUCUUACUUUUGCUAUUCUCAACCGUCAUCGUUUCCCUUCUUUAGAGAACCAUCCAUUACUCACUUCAAAUUCCCAUGACCUUGUGCCUUUCCUUCACUUUAUCUUUCAUGGUGAUGAUAUCUAA